GGAGCAAGCGGGAGGAAGCGGGAGGAACCGGGAGCGUUCCCGUGGCCUGGGAAGGGACCGGGAGGAACCGGCAGCCUCCCCGCGGCCCGUGAGGGUCCGGGAGCGCUCCCGAAGGCUCUCAGUGGGGAAUCUCCGCUCUGCCCCGGGAGUUUUCCCGGUGCCGGGAUAAGAACGCUCUGUGCCCUGUGUGUUGGGCCCGGGCUUGGCUGAGCGAGUGAUUCCCGAGGGAGAGGAACUCAAUGUGCCCUUGGAAAGGAGAACUGGAAGAUGGAGUAGAAGGAAAAGAGAUUAAAAAAAUAAAGCUCGACGUGAAGUUGUUUUAGCCUCAGGUUUUGGGUUUAUUGGGUGAGAAGCAUCAGCCAGGUGUGAUUUCACUUAAAUAGGAGAGUGCUGGUGGGACAGUGUGUGUUUUCCCUCAGGCCCGCCAUGCCCAAACACGUGCUCAGUGUGCUCAGAGGCUCAGGAGGUGCCUGAGGUCAGGCUUGACUCUGGUAACUCCACCUUUGGUGUUCCUUGGAUCCUGAUCCCUUCUCCUUCAGAGCAGGGGCCAGGCCAAAUCCAGGAGACACUGAAUGAUAGCCUGUGCACCAACUACGCCUAGUUAUCCAGCUCCUCACUAGCCCUCUCAUCUCAUCCUGUCCUCACUUCAUUAAAUGCCUCUGGCCUCCUAAAAUCAAUUUGUUUAGGCUUCUUUUAAAUCUGAUGUCAAUCCAGUUGUAGCCUAGUAAUCCCCCAUGAUAAAAGAGUUUUCUCUACAAGCUGUGGGGAGUUUACCUUGAUGCAAUUCUUUGACUCGAGAUUUUUAUUCUUUGAGACAGUUCUUUGAUUUUUUUUGCUCUUCUUUUUUCUUUUCAGAAACACUUGCAUGGUGUUCUCUGGGUGCAGCUGAAGCAAAGGUUUAAAGAGACAUUUCAGCUUCCUUUUUAUGGAGUAGGUGGUAAUUACAGCCGAUUCAGAUGAUCACAUCUAAAGUCACUGAAACUCUAAGGCUAGAAAUUGUUAUGACUUCGCUUCUUGCCCAGCUCCUGCCCUAGCUUAUUUAGUGACUGAGUCACAGGUGGUAGAACAUGGCUGGACAAAUAUCAGAGGCUGAUCAGAUCAAGCAGUUCAAGGAAUUUCUUGGCACAUACAACAAACUUACAGAAAAUUGCUUUGUGGAUUGCAUAAAGGAUUUCACUAGCAGAGAUGUGAAACCAGAAGAGAUAACUUGCUCGGAGAACUGCCUGCAGAAGUAUCUGAAGAUGACACAGAGGAUCUCCAUGAGAUUCCAGGAGUACCACAUCCAGCAGAACGAGGCUCUGGCAGCCAAGGCAGGACUGCUCAGCCAACCUCGUUAGAGCAGGGCACUGUGCUCAGACUUAAGCUGUGCCAGUGUUCCCUGGGCAAGAACACACUGGGGGAUUGCUGCUGUCAGGAUGUGUGUCCAGCAGCUCAGAGCAGAGCUGUGGGAGCCAUGAAGGGUUAAACAGGAGCUCAGUCCUGGUGGCCUGGCAGUGGAGUUUGUUUCCACAAGGGAAUGAUGCACAUACAACUUUUCCCAGGGCCCACAGACUGGUGUCUGACUUUCAGGGGUGGUGGGAGGGCUCACCUGCCUUUCAGUGAGACUGUUUGAGAUGAAUCAGUGUAAUGUGGGGAAAUACACUUUUUUAUUUAAUUCAAAUAAAAUCAACGGGAGCCAUA